AUGAUAGCACCAUUUGUGGAAAAGAAUGUAUUUUACGCAGAUAUUACUAAAACGAUGAUUGCAUGCGGAAUUCCACUUUAUAAAUUGAAGAGUGUGGAAUUCAAAUCAUUCUUUGAAAAAUACGUUCAGGAAUCCCUUCCCGAUGAAUCAACUCUUAGAAAAAAUUACGUGAAGGAUUGUUACGAGUCCGUUUUGCAGAAAAUUCGUUUAGAAAUAGGAGAAAGCCCCAUCUUUGUGUCCAUCGAUGAAACUACAGAUAAGGCAGGCCGCAGUGUAACCAACGUUAUUGUUGGACCGUUGCGUGAAAGCGGACGCGGCUAUCUCUUGACGGUGGAGGUGUUGGAUAAGGUGAACUCAUCAACAAUCGCAACAUUGUUUGACGAUUCUAUGCACAUUUUAUGGCCAAUAGGAUUCCAACGUGAAAAAGUGUUGGUAUUUGUGACUGAUGCAGCACCCUACAUGAAGAAAAGUGCGUCAUCAUUGAAGCUGCUUUAUCCUAAUAUGAAUCAUAUUAGGAUCACCUGCGUCGCACAUGGCGUACACCGGGUCUGCGAAUCUCUACGCUCGAAGUACUCAGAUGUUGACGUCUUAAUUUCAAACUUAAAAAAGUUUUCUUGAAAAGCCCAUUCAGGGUGGCAGUUUUCAAAGAAAUGGAACCCAAUCUUCCUCUGCCUCCUCAGCCGGUGAUAACUCGAUGGGGCACAUGGCUAAUUGCAGCCGUAUAUUAUGCCGAAAACUAUGAUUCCAUCAAAAGAAUAAUUGACCAAAUAACGGAC